UGAUGCAGCCUGCUAAUGGACACUGCGCGGUGACAGCUGUCAGCGUGUAGGAUAAGCAGUAACUGUGCAGAAGAUGGAGUCUCCCCCGCAACUGGGUUGUGUCUAUGUUGCUUUCGUGCAAAGGACCUGGACCUGACAAAACGAGUGGGCAGGGAAAGGUCCUCUGCACGAAGAGAAUUCUAGACGCUACCCCCCCGCAACUGCUGUCUGUGAAAUUUGCCCUCCUUCCGCUGCGCAGCGCCAUUUGUAUAGGAACCUUUAUUCCUACUCUUGUUUCCAGCCGGAACCCUCAUACUGCAGCACACCGGCUGUGUUCUCGUUGUGUCUUCCGCCGUGUCAGGGUCACGCUGGUUGCAAAGAUGUACCGGAGGACCCUGCUGUACCUGUGCGGAGGAGGCCGCUCCAUGCCCGGCAGCAGCAAGUAUGCAGACCAGGUCCUUAGAAAGUUCACUCUUGGUAGUGUUCUCCGCUGUGACAAAUCCUCUCCUGAUGAUGGUGCAACUAAACCACCUGGUGAAUCCGAUGAUAAGAUCUCUGUGCUUGUCAAGGAGGAGACCUCUGUGCCACCAAAGAAAGACAACUUGUUGGACUUGAUUAGUGGCAUGAAGGUUGAAGUAAGCUCAAAGCGGAAGUUCCAGGCAAUCAAGGACAAGAGGAUCAAGCAGCAAAAUAUAGCAGAACGUCAACCCAUAGAAAGCGCCAGUAAAAUGUUCCAAAUGGUGGCAGAAGAAAUUCAACCAUCGGACGAGACGCCGGUGAGCCCGGAAUUAGAGGCGGCAGCAUCUGCUGUUGCUUCAGCUUUUCCAUCACAAAAAAAUCAGGUGGAAUCUGAACUUCUUCGGCAGCUGCGCAUACACAAACAGAUGGCUGAAGCACAGAGGAAAGUGGAGCCUCACAUCAGCACAGUCCUCUCUGGGAUGAAGAUUGUGAAAAACAGGCCGCAAACUUCCAGGCAAGAUAAAAUGCCAGCGUUCAUCAGUGAGGACCCCACAAGAUCGAGACUGAACAUUGGAAGACGGUUGAUGAUCUUUCCUGUCCCUGCUGUUACAGAAAAGCCAGCUGAAGCAGAGCUGUCUCCUAACCUAUGGGAUCUAGAGUUGGCUAAGGAUAUUGCUUACAUGUGUGAGCAGCCACCAAGAAAUGGGUUUGAGGAGAUGAUACAAUGGACAAAAGAGGGGAAGCUGUGGACAUUUCCGAUUGACAAUGAAGUUGGUCUUGAUGAGGAGCAGAAAGUGGAGUUUUAUGAGCAUAUAUUCCUGGAUAAGUACUUGGAAGACUUUCCAAAGCAAGGGCCAAUACGACAUUUUAUGGAGCUGGUAAUUUGUGGCCUGUCUAAAAACCCAUACCUUACUGUCCAACAGAAGAAGGAUCACAUAUAUUGGUACAGGGAUUACUUUCACCAAAAAGAGGAUCUUCUGAGAGAAUGUGAAGUCUCCCUCAACUGAGCUGAAAGUGAAGGCUAGCACCGAGCAUGUUCUCAUUUCACUCAGAAUUCCAUAACUUGCAGAACUUUGAGACGUGGAGAAAGUGAAUUACAUCUGGAUUAUGCUUACUAAUAUGCCAACAUUUUCAAAAAUUUACAUUGUUUAAUAAAAUCCAUAUUUGAAAAUA